AUGAUUAUGUUUGUUUUAAUUCAUCAGUAUAUUAUUGUUAUAAUAUUGAUCAAUUUCAUUAAUAACAUUGAAAUGAAUACAAAUAAUGUCAAUGGGAAAUGUUUAAAUCAUUGGAUUAAACAAACAAAUAAUGAACUUGUUGCAUUCACAUUGUCACCAUGUUUUACAUGUAAAUAUUCUAGUUUUCAAAAUUCAAUGUAUGUGAAAUGGGAUUGUGAACAAGUGUAUAAUUUGAAAAUUAAUGGUACAAUGAAUUCCAUUCCAUUUGAACAAAUAUCUCACAAUGAAUUAAGAAUAUUUGGUACAAGAGAAAGUAUUUCUGCUUCAAAUAGUCAGUUGUAUGCUACUUACAAGACAAGUUAUAAACAAGCUAGUUUACAAUUAACAUUAAAAUUGAUAGCACAUUAUUCUUCUAUAAAUUAUCAUAAUAAUAAUAAUAAUAUUAAUAAUAAUAAUAAUUUUUAUAAUCAGAAAUCACGAUUGUUACAACUUCAUUUCAUGCCAAUUUUAAAUGAAAACAAACAAUCUAUUAAAUAUUUUCAAUUAUUUUGGUUUUCAUCAAAAAUUACCGAUUACACUGUAUUAAUUUAUAAUACCACGCAUAUACUUCAAUAUGAAACACAAAAUACAGUAGUAUGUUUAGAAAAUUUAACUGAAGGUAUACAAUAUAAAUUUUGUCUUGUUGAAACAUUGUACACUUGUAUGAGUACAUCAUGGAAUUGUAUGAUAAAAACAAUACCGAAAUUAAACACUACACAUCAAUCAUCAUCAUCAUCAACAACAUUUCAACAAUUAUCCACUAGUGAACAUGAAACAUUGAUCAAUAAUUUAAAAAUUCAAAACUACGGUUCACAUUGGUUACAAUUAACAUGGUUGCCAAUAUCAACGAGAUUAUUUUGGCGACUGAAUGAAUUACCUUAUGCUUAUAUUAUUAUUGCUAAUGGAUUAUUUAAAACAUUGGAUUGUUCUGAUCGAAUUUAUAGUAUACAAGCACCAUGGGCGCACAAUUCAAAUUCAACUAUAUUAUCAUCUAUUCACCAAGAACUUUCAUCACAUAGAAUCUCAUCACAAUGUUCCAUAAAUCAUAUUUAUCAACAAAUUCAAUUGUUCAAUUAUUUAUGGCCAGAAUGGUAUAAUACAUUGAUGAUAAUUGAACAAAUUAAUUAUUUCGACGAUGAAUGGGGAUUGGUCAAUGAAUUUUCAAUUGAAUUAAACAAUUUACAACCAUUACAAAUAUAUAAUAUCACUAUUAAACCAUUAUUUCAUGAAUUUGAUAAACGUUCAAUUGGACAUUCAAUUAUAACGGAAAAAUUAAAUCCUCCUUCAAUGGAUUGUAAUUUAACGUUGGAACAAACAAAUCAUGGUGAAACUGUACUAUCUUGGUCAUUACCAUUGCCGAUUAAAUCAACUUUAUUGGCAUUGAAUAAUUCUAUGUAUUUAUUACACAUUGAUCAUAUUGGUAGACCAGAAAAAAAUUUAGAAGAGACAUGUUUUGCUGGUGGUUGUCAAAUGAAUAAUUCAUUAGAACCAAUAUUGAAUUUUCUACCAAAAUCACCUAAUGAACCACAUUAUUUAAAUUGUUACACAAUUAAAUUAUCAAUUCCUUCUCAUCAAAUUACUAAAUUCAAAUUCACUUGUCAAUUAAUUCCAUGUAAAUUAUAUGAAAUCACUGUACAACUUUUAUAUUAUCAACAAUUGAUCACAGCAUUUCGUUGUAAACGACGUUUUGUUAUACAAAAUGGUUUAGCUCCAAAUCCUCCAUCAAAUGUUAACGUGAAAUCAUUCGCUCAUAAUAUGAUUCUAUUUGAAAUUGAUAAGUCGAAAUCGCCAUCAUCAACAUCAACAUCCGUAGUUAAGCAGUGUAAUACAUUUGGUUAUAUAAUAUCAAUUAAUAAUAAUAAUACUCAUUCUAAACCAUAUUCCACAUCACAUAAUCAUCAAAAUUAUAUAUUUGUCAGCAUGAAUCAUUUACAAAAUACUAUACAAAAACAAACUCAAAAAUAUUAUUCUAUGAAUCAUAAUCACAAUCACAAUCGAUCCACAAUUUAUCGAUUUUUCAUUGAAAAUCCAUUUCCCUCAGCGGAUCGUUUAUCAAUACGAAUUCAAUCAGUUCCUGUGAAUGAUAACAAUUGGCUUGAUUUACAUUUGCCAUUAAUGAAUUCAGGUUGUUAUUUAGAUUGUAUUUGGCCAAAUCAACCUCCUUAUUAUCGAUUUCCACAAUUAAACAAUAAUCAAUAUCUAGGUCGACAUACAAGUUAUGUGAUUCCUCAAUCAAUGAAAAAUAAUUUACAAAUCUUUCAAUGUCCAAUGAUGACUACUACUGAUAAACGGAAUAGUCAUGUUAGACAAUGUCAAUUCAAUGCAUAUUUACAAUUAUCUGAGCAUACAUUUUGUAUGGAUGAGCACUUAGCGGCUAGAACAUGUUUUAUUCCGACAUGCGAUGAAACUGCUCUUUUGUCAUGUGUCACGUUGUCAAAACCGAUUCUGGUCAAUUCAUCUACAAUAGAAAUUGAAUGGUUUCUUGAAGAUAACAAAUCAUUAACAAGACAAGAGACAAAUUAUUCAUCAUCAUUACAAUUCACUAUACCUACUAAUCAAAAUGAUUAUCAAAUGAAUAUUGAUUCGUAUUUAAUUAUAUUAUAUCAAUUCAAUGAAAUGGAUGGUAUAAAAUAUGAACAAUGUGCCCAAUAUAUAUUUAUGAUCAUUUCAAAAGAUACACAUGAAAAUUGGAAAAAUUAUUUUUAUAAUUUAAUUAUUCAAUCAUUAAUUCAUUCAUGUCUUGGACAAAUUAAACGUAGUGAACAUAGUGAAUUAUUCAGUAGACCAACAAAUCUAUUGAUCACAUUUAACAAACUCAUACCAAGCACAUUAUAUGAAAUCAAUAUUAUCCCGUUUAAUCAAUAUGGUGAGCCAGGUGUGAGUUGGAGAAAACCAAUAACCACUACGGUGGCAAUUCCAUGUAAACCAGAACAUAUGGAAAUCUAUAAUAUCGAAUCACAUGCACUAUCGAUUAAAUGGUUUUUAUCAAGAAAUAUCUAUUGUGGUUAUCCAACACGUAUUCUUAUUUAUUAUCAACGUCGUAAUAAUAAUAAAGACGAAGAAGAUGACGACGGAGAACAUGAAGGUGAAUGGUUGAACAUUGACACAGAAUAUACAAUUGAACAUAUUCGUUUAUCAUCAUUGAAACCAUGUCAGUUGUAUUGUAUACAAAUAAAAUUUAUGAAUAAUGCUGGUGUGGGACCAAUAUCAAAUCGAAUAUGUGAUAGAACAAAACGAGCAGCUUUUACAAGCAUACCAACAUUGACAAGUGAAUUGAUCCAGUCGAAUCAAUUAUCAAUGAAACAGUAUCAACACAACAACAACAAUUUACCAGUGUUACGUUUACAAAUUCAUUUGAAUUAUACCAAUUAUUGUCCGGUUCAUUAUGAAUUUUUAAUUAAUAUUUAUAACGAUGAACAAAAUCCAAUGGUUAUUGUAUCAUCUAAACCAGAGAUUAUUCUUCACAAAACUAUACAACGUGGAAUAUUAUAUCAAUUACGUGGAAGAGUAUGUUCCAAUGAAUCCGUCACAACUGGCACAUCAAAAUCACCACAUGAAAUGAUCAAUUUAUUUGAAUUUAGUCAAUGGACACCAAUACGUUUAUUUUAUGUGAAUAUGUCACAUUUUGAAUUCAAAAAUUUCACAAUCAAUGUUCAACAUCCAAUGACGGAAAUUCUCCAAUCAAAUGGCGAUUAUUAUUAUUAUUCUUAUCAUGAUCAAUGCUUAUUGAACAAUGAACAUACCAAUGUCAAUAAUAAUACCGUAUCAACCGGGUUACAAGGUCAUCAUCAUCGCCUUGACACCGGUGAUUUUAACAACAAUGAUAAUCAUCAUCGGUUCAAUCGUCAAUAUUUCAUUAAUCAUCAUAGUCAUUCAAACAAACAGAAUCAUUAUUGUCUUCAAUUGAAAUGGAAUAUUACUGGUCAAUUGAAUGGAUUGUUAGGUUUUGCAAUACAAUUUUUCAUACCAUUCAAACAAAUUCCAAUUGAUCAAAAUAAAUCGGGCAGAAAUGAAAUUCAUUUAACAACAAGUCGUAGCAGUAGUACUAGUACUACUACUAGUAGUAGUGCUAGUAGUAGUACUAGUGGUACUGAUCAUUCGAAUGGGAUGGAUUUACAACAAUGUGCUCAGUUCAUUUGGUUACCAUGUUCUGGAUGUUUGAUAAAUUAUUCAUUGCAUAAUGUUCAUCCCAGAGUUUUAGAAAAAUUAAAAAAAUUAAUUGAUAUUUGUAAAAUUUAUGAAAAAAAUUUUCAUCAAACUUCAUUCAAUAAUAAAAGUCAAUCAAUUUUUUUGCAUACAACCAAUAAAAUGAACACUAUAAUACCACAUAGUCAUCGUCAUGUUCAAUUUUCAACUAUUGACAAUUUACAAAUUGAAUUAGACGCGCUCAAAUUAUAUGAAUUUAAACAAAUUCCAUUGAAUGAAACAUUGUAUACAUUUGAUUAUUAUUUUCAUAUUAUAAAUCCUACGAUCAUGUUAAUGAUGCGAAAUACACACUAUACAUAUCAAAAACGAGCUUUGAAUACAUUGAAUGAAACUCAAUCAUUUUCAUCGAAGAUUAGAAAUUCACAAAGCUAUGGAUAUGUGAUUAUUUAUUCAGUGACUGCAGAUGAUGUAAUCUAUUCGAUAAAACAGAAAUGGAGAUUAAAUGAUGAAUUCUCUUCAUCCAACUUAUCAGGAAUCAUUUUUAUGGGGUUAAUUGUCACUUGUGUUAUGUUCAUACUACUGUCUAUUCUAAUCACACUAAUCAUUGUGUUUCAUAGAAAAAAUCGUUCCAAUCAAACAAAAUUUAUUGGACUUCAUACAAUUGAAUAUUGUGAAGAUGAAGAAGAUGGAUAUGAAUUGCAUGGACAAUACAAAUCUCCAGUGAUUCCAUCGAAAAUUCCACGACAACCAGAUCCAAUCAAUAUUCAUGAUUUUAUUAAUUGGUUUGAAAAGAAUAUGAAUAGUUUAAAAGAAGAAUUUAAGUCAUUAAAUAUUCAUUCCUAUAGACAAGAACAAGCGAAACACUUGACAUGUCAGAUUGGUCAACGUCCUGAGAAUCGUUUACGGAAUAAAUAUCGUAAUCUGUUACCUUUUGAUCAAAAUAUUGUCCAAUUAUCAAACAAUUUAAUAUUACCUAAAUCAGAACAGAUUGUUUCCAUGGAUCAAUUAAAAGAAAAUGCUCACAUCAACACUACUGCUCUACAUUCUGUUGAUGAAAAUCAUUCUAAUCAUCAAAAUGAUACAUUGGAAUGCUGUUUACCUGGUCUUGGCAUGGAACAAUGGAUUGCAUCGAAUUAUAUAAAUGCAAGUUGGAUAUCAAGUAAAUUGCCAGGGAUUUCAAAUACUAUUUUACAUAGUGGACAAUUACCUUGUAGAUAUAUAGCUGCACAAGCACCACUUGAUCAUACACGUAGUUUAUUUUGGCAAAUGAUAUGGGAUCAUCAAAUUCAAUUGAUUGUUAUAUUGACUAAACCAAUAGAAAAUGGUAAAGACAAAUGUUCUGUUUAUUGGCCAACCAAUAGCAUUCCGAAUGUUAAUGAUGUUGAUGUUGAUGAUGAUGAUGAUGAUGAUGAUCAUUGUACCAAUGAACCGGGUCAAUUGAAUUCACAAAGAACAGUUUGUUUUGGUAGAUUUAAAAUUCAAUUAUUAUCAGAGAAAAAUUAUUCAACUUACAUUAGACGUAGUCUUAAAUUAUAUGAUUGUAAAACACUGAACAAUGAACAGCAUCGUAAUAUUAUUCAAUUACAUAUGCUUAAUUGGCCAGAUUUUUCAACUCCAUCGAAAGAAGAUUUCCUACGUUUAUUAUAUGCUUAUUGGAGUGAAAGACGUCUUUCAAUGAAUAAUAAUUCACCAGUUCUUGUACAUUGCAGUGCUGGAGUUGGACGAACUGGUACAUUUAUUUGUUUAGAUCAAUUAUGUCAACAAGUCCGGUAUUAUUUACAACCGAAUUUACAAAUUUUCUUACAGAAAAUACAUAAAAUCAAUGAACCAAUUUAUGUGAAUUUAAACAAAGAAGAUAGUGGUGUAGAUGAAGAAGAAUUGGAGAAUUUCAGUGAAGAAUCAUUCUCGUUGAAUAAUCAUAAUAAUGAUAAUCAUCAUAAUAAUAGUAAUAAACAAGAUGAAACCAAUGAUGACGAUCAAUAUUCAAUAUUACAUGAGAAUCUUUUAAAUACAAAUAAAUUCAAUGAAUCUGCGCCAUAUUAUAAUGCAAGACGAACUAAACGAUUUUUAUUUCAUCGACUUAGCAACAACAAUAAUAAUAAUAUUAAUAAUAGUAAUAAUAAAACACAAACGAUCAAUGUGUUCAAUACUGUUUUAUGGUUGAGAUCAAAACGUAGUCAUUUAGUGCAAACAGUGGAUCAAUAUAUAUUCAUCUAUGAAUUUUUAGCAUAUUUUAUCAAACAAAUUAAAGAACAAGAUCGAAUCUAUGAAAAUAUAUAAUUGAAUAGAUUAUUUUUAUUUCUGUUAAAUAUGUCAAUUAUUUUAAUUUAUUUGUUUAUUGAACAAUUGUACGAAUAUUUAAAACAAAAAUUAUGAUGAUGAUGACGCUUUUAUUAAUGAUUCUAAACCGAAACUAUCACAAUUCAUCACAAUUAAUCGAUAGACGACAGUGUAGAAUUACAAGAUCAAAACGCACACAAUAAAACAAACCUGAAUUAUUUUAAAGAAUCGCUUACAUAUUAGUAGUUUCUAUAGUUUUUUAAUUUGAUCAAUUUUCAAUUGUGCGCCAAAUAGAUUUGUUUUGUUUUAAUUUGAUUUUAUGCUGUAAAAUAAAUCAAAUCAAUUAUUGUUUCAUUUGAUUUUUAUGAUUGAUUGUAUCACAUAAAAUCGUGAUGUUAAAACACAUUAAAACAAAGACGAAUUUUGAAAGAAGCG